AUGGGGUCCAAAUUCGAUGUGACUCCGGAAAAGCAGGCCAGCCUGCCUCGCUUCUUCUACAACCAGAUUACCGUGAAACCCGCCCCGGUCAAGGGAGUCAGCCUGGAGGGCAAGACCGCCCUGGUGACCGGAUCCAACAUCGGCGUCGGCCUGGAGACCAGUCGCCAGCUCCUCGACCUGGGACUCAGCAAGCUCAUUCUCGCUGUGCGCAGUGACGAGAAAGGCCAGGCGGCUAAAAAGGAUCUAGCCGCUGGCCGGGAUCUCUCCGACGAUAGCAUCGAGGUCUGGAAGCUUGACCAGUCCGACUAUGACUCUGUCGUCGCCUUUGCGGAGCGCACCAAGAGCCUCCCCCGACUAGACAUUGUCGUCCUGAAUAUCGGCAUUGCCAACGCCACGCGCGUCUUCAACGCCAAGACAGGCCAUGAUGAGAUGAUCCAGGUGAACUACCUCUCCACCGCCCUGCUGGCAAUCCUCCUGCUCCCUGUCGUCAAGGAAAAACGCGCUGCCCAAGGAGGUCCGAGCCGCAUUACGAUCGUCUCAUCAGAGGUCGCCGCAUGGACUCCCUUCAAGGAGAAGAAAAGCUUCCCGCUGCUGGCAGCGCUCGACCAGAAGAAGACCAAGGUUGACCCCCUCGAUCGCAUGAUGGUCUCUAAGCUUCUAGGGCAGUUUUUCCUGGCACAUCUGGCCUCGGUUGUCCCGCCUUCCGUUGCCAUCAUCAAUGCCACCUCGCCGGGCUCUGUCUUCGAUUCCGAAUUCAACCGUGAGCACGAUAAGACUUUCGCCGGAGCUAUCGCCAAGAUCGUAAUGCGCCGCAUGGCCAACACUGCUGCUGUUGGAGCCCGAAUGGUCACCGAUGCAGCUGUCAACCAUGGCGAGGAGACCCAUGGCGAGUUCCUGUCCUUCCAGAAAUUGGUGCCUUUGGCACCGAUUAUCUACAGCGAAGAGGGGAAGAAGAUCUCAGAGCAGCUCUGGAAAGAGACCAGCGAAGAGCUCGCCUUUGCGAAUGUGGAUGAGAUUCUCAAGACUAUUUCAGAAUAA